CACAUAUGUACAGGUACAGGCCUAGCUUACAUUUAAUUAUUGUAUUGAGGGAUUGAGGGCCAUUCAUAAACUGCCAUAAUAAACUGGAUUUUCUUUCUAGCAAGAUCAUCCUCAAGGUUUAUUCUCAUAAAUGGAUUAGAGGAGACAACACAAUGACCCAAUCUGAAGAAAAUGCCCAUGAAAAAUUCACUCUUAAAUACUAUGUCCGGGAUGCUGUUCGUAAUACUCCUCAGAAAGAGUUUAUUUGGUGUUUAAAUUUUGCAACUGAAGCUCAUAAGGAGCAGAAGAGGAAGGAUUUAGAGAAGACACCUUACAUCAAUCACCCAAUAGGUGUGGCUUAUAUAUUAGCUGAAGAGGCAGGGUUGUCCAAUGUUGAUUUGCUACAAGGCUGUUUACUACAUGACACUGUGGAAGACACUGAACUCACAAGCGAGGUCAUCAGAGCUAAGUUAGGAGACUUUAUAGGAAACCUCGUUGACGAAGUCACAGAUGAUAAAUCUCUGCCCAAACAGAAGCGCAAAGAUCUACAGGUAGUUCAUGCUCGGUCAACAAGCCCUGCAGGGAAGCUGGUGAAGAUGGCAGACAAGUUGUACAAUCUGAGGGAUCUGGAGAGACAACUGCCUGAAGGUUGGUCAGAGCAGAGGAGAAGUGAAUACUUUGAGUGGGCGUUCCAAGUCUGUGAAGGCUUGAGGUUGAGAGGAAUCAGUCCCAAGCUGGAAGAACAACUGGAUGUAAUUUUUGUUAAAAGAGGAUUGAUCACAAAACGGGAGCAGAGUGAAAGUAAAUUAUCUCCACCUUGGCCGAACCAUGAUGAAUUAAAACCUUUGCUAGCUGCAGCUAAUUUUGCUGCCAUUAAACAUAGACAACAUUUCAUGUUUGAUGAUAGCAGCAAUGUUCCGUACAUCAAUCAUCUUGUUUCCACAACAUUUCACGUCUCACAAGAUGCAGAUGUGGAAGAAACGUCCGUUUUGUGUGCAGCACUGCUUAAAGAUGUGGUGGGGAAAGGUACCACAUCAUUUGAAGAGGUUAAGGAACAGUUUGGGGAAGAGGUUGAGUCAUUUGUCAAGGAAUUGACUUAUAACCACUCACUCCCGGUCAAUGAACAAAUCAAACUGCAGAUAGAUCGAGCUCCUACUCUGUCUCACCACGCUAAAGUGGUAGUGUUGGCAGCAAUGGUGGAUGCUUGUCGUCGCCUUGAGGUUUGCCAGCCUGAAACCAUGACGGAGACGGAGAGAGAAGAAUACUUCCGUCUCUCUCAGCGGCUGAGUGAAGUGAUAAGUGGCACAGACUCUGUCCUAGAGGAAGACCUACAACUCAUAUGGGUUGGGCAAGGGUUAAAAGAAUUUCCAAUGAAGUCCAAUGAAGAACCUCGAGAUUUGGGAAAAAACUCGAUAUUUGGGAAGAAUAAAAACAGUUUUCUCUGAAGAUUUUUACCAUUGACAUAAUGACAACUGGAUCACGCUCUGUCCAUUAGUGCUGUAGUCUGAUUUUCGAGCAUGUGUGGUGCAGGAGAGUAGGUGUGGGCGCUGGAAGGGCUACAUACAAACAAUGACAGGUUUUUAGUGUGGUUAGUUUAAUGAUACAUUAUGUAAUUGGAUGGUUUUAAAAUUGCCUUUGUUGUAAAAGAUUAUUCUAAUUCAAAUUUCUUUUAAAAAUUCUAAAAAAACCUUAGGUAGCUUAAUGUUGUUAAUGUUCAAUCAGUAACAUUUGAUGGAGCUAGCACAAAUGUUUUGCAAUAAAAACAUUUUGGCUGCCAUUUCCCAAGUAAGCCUUGUUUUAAGGUUGAUGGUAUCGAACAUGAUAUUUGUGUAAUUACGGACCCUCCUCGUGUGCUUAAGCUUUGCCACAAUUCUCUAGCGGAUAUGAGAGUAAUAGUGUUGGGCCCAUUUCAUUAAAACAUUUCUAAAAUCUCAACGAGUUGCACAAAAAUUAAGGGUACAAGUAUGUAAUACAUUGAGUGACAAGCAUGUAUUUGAUAUGAAUAGGAAAAUGACUGUAAAGAUCGCAGCUCAAACAUUUAGUACCAAUGAAGCUGAUGUGUUGCAAUAUUUUUAUUCCAAACAACACCCACUGAUUGCUGAUUACUUAAUGCAUACUACACUGAUUACUUAAUUGUUUAUCCACGUUAACAUUUGUUAGGACAAAUGAAAGACUUUUUGACAAUAUGAAUAGCUGAGAUCCUUUUGUAAAGGUUUCAAAGGUCCCAUUAAGCUGAAGGUUAUUUGUCACAAUAAAAAAUCGAAGGCAACCAUUGACAGAACAGGAUAGGAAAACAAUUGCUUUAGGGUUACUGUAAAACAUUAAUAGUCGGCUAAUCAAAUUUUAAGGGAUAGGCUAUCGUCUUUAAUAGUUUUACUUAUAUCUACUUAAACUUAAAAUAAUUAUUGAUUCAGAACAUACCUUCAGUAGGCAUCUGUUAAUAUGAGUUGUAAGUGUAAAAUCAUAUUUUUAAUCUCGUUAUCAACUAAAACCAACUACUUUUUAGUCAGGAUCAACUAUUGGAGCCAAUAGUCUAGGAGAGCUGAGUCUAGUUUUGAACCAUCAAACAGCUACAGACAUUACUCACAAUCAACCCGAUUGUUGGAUAAGCAUGGUUACCCCUCAGUAACUUAGCUUGAUGUGUUUACUAUAUGUAAAAGUCAACGGUAAUACUAAAGAUUCAACCGAAACUUAUCUUUGGGACUCAGACUUUGUCACUAAACCCACAGUGUUGGUCAUCUUAAGUGCUCACUACUUGAAGAUUCUGUAAACUUAUAAACUUGGUAAAUAGAAUAAAAAUGCAAAAUUAAUCAAAACAUGUAUUUUCUGCAUCAUAUAUAAGGAGUACAACAGUACUUACUAUUCUAAUGGCAAGGCAUUCCUGUACGUUAGUUGCAUUUCGGGAACAUUAUUUACAAAACUCACUGGCACAUCACAUUGAAGGAAAUGUUUAAAUUAACCCUUAUGAAAAAGUUUAUAUAUGGCCAUAUAAAAUUUUUUUUAUCCGGUUAUAUUUGGUUUUGGACCAAAUACAACCAGAUAUGAUCAUAUAUGGAAUCCCCCAGAUAUGAUCAUAUAUGGAAUCCUCCAUAUAUGAUCAUAUAUGGAAUCCUCCAUAUAUGGAAUUUUUUAAUAAAAAAUAUAUAAAUAAAUAAAAAAAUAACAAUUAAACAUAUUUUUACCUUAAAUGGUAUAAACUAUAAAUUAAAACUAUAAUAAAAAUUUUAAAUUCAAAAAUUUCAAAACAAAAUUUUUAAGCAUCUGACUGGGAAUUGAACCCGGGACUCCGGCGUGAGAGUCUGCCCCCUUAGCCACUACACCACGAUUGCUUCAUAUCAUGUGGAUGAUCAAAACCCAUUACGAAUAAGAGAAGCUGUAUUUGGUCUCGUAAAACAAGAUUUUUCUUAGACAUUUUAUGUCAUUUGAAGAAUGUUAUUAUUAAUAUAGCCUAACUACGUGACAUUGAUAUUUGAGGCUGUUUGAUAGCAAAGGUACAAUUAAUUAAUUAUUAAUAUAAUAUUCUCCUUAUUUAGGCCUACUACACUUACAAUUUUAAAAUUAUACGUCAGUUUUAAGAUUUUGUUGCGUUAUAAUAAAAUUGUACAAUAGAUGUAUGUACAGGAUUUUGUCAUCAGGGUUCAAAUCUGGAUAUUUUAUUUCUUUACUAAUAAUAUUACUUUAAAGGAGAAUUGCCUAUAUUAUCUGCCCCCUUACUGUACCACAUAUCAACUCAAUCAGUUAAGUAGUUUGUGCUUGGAGAGCAACAAGAAAAUACACAAACUGAUAAACUUUAGAUUUUUAAUAUUAUAAGAAGUGUUUGGGAGUUUGAGAGUUACAUAAUCCUAAAGUGGCAACAAUCCCUUAUAAUAAUUCCAGUUAUUGUCAAAAACUCAUUUAUAGAUGAGCAUAAAUGGAAAAUUAUUAUUCCAUAUAUGAGUAAUUUAAUUUCAUACCUGGGAGUCAUAUAUGACCAUAUAUAGACCAUAAUUCCAUAUAUGGAGGAUAUUUAUGGCCAUAUAUGGGCAAUAUUUUCAUAUAUAAAAAACAUGUAUGGCCAUAUAUGAACAAUAAUUUCAUAU